GGUGCAAGUAUGGCGAAAGCAGCUCCGCCGACAAUGACAAUUUUCGGCUUCGAAGCAAACGACAUCGAUGGAAACCCCGUGCAGUUGUCAAAGUACGACGGUUUUGUGACGCUCAUCGUAAACGUGGCGUCCAAAUGAGGUUUCACAAAGAAGAACUACGCUCAGCUACAGGAACUGCACACCAGGUAUGCUGAGAAAGGUCUUCGCAUUCUUGCUUUUCCCUGUAAUCAAUUUGGAGGCCAGGAACCAGGAAGUGAAGAAGAAAUCAAGGAAUUUGUAAAGGCUUACAAUGUUGAGUUUGACAUGUUCAGCAAAAUUGAUGUCAAUGGGUCUAAUGCACACCCACUCUACGUCUUCCUUAAGAAUGCAAAACAUGGAACACUAACAAACAACAUCAAAUGGAACUUCACCAAGUUCCUGUGUGAUAAACGUGGGGUUCCUGUGAAGCGAUAUUCACCAACUGUUUCACCUGUUGACAUCGUGAAAGAUAUUGAGAAAGAGCUUAACAAAGAAUAAGAAUAGAGUUAUGCUACAACCAUAUGCAAAAAGUUUGACAUUAUUAUUUUAGAGGUGUAUGAUUUUAUAUAUUAAAUAGCAUGUAGAACAGUAUUUAAUUUUUAACUGAGUUACAUUUGUUAGU